GAGUGAUUUUAUUUUUCUUCAAGUAUAAAUUGGGUUGUGAGUGACGUGUGUAGCUUGGAGAGAACUUCGAAUGUGUUACGUUUAAUGGAAGAGAUUUAAAACCUUACUAAGAAAUCAGAACUGGACAAAGUUCUCUUUCGUCAAGGAUGCCUAAAGUAAAGACAGUCGAAUCACUUUAUUCACAGUGUAUUCACCGUAUUGCGAGAAGUUUAGAAAACAUUAAGACUCCCGUUAAUGUUAAGCGAUUCAAAUCAUGGACGGGUAGUCCAGGUUCCGUCAAACAAACGUUUGACAAUGAGUCAUCCGGUAUUAAUCCUUUUCUAGAAAUACCCACGGAGCUGUUGGAGAACAUCAUCAGUUCGUUUUCUUUUAGCAAGAAAGUGAAACAUUUUAACAUCGAGUUUCUUAUUACAGCUGAACUUAAAAAAUUAAUUAUUCCUAAUAUGAACUGUAAGUAUGAGCAAUACCUAAAUUUCUUCCCCAAACUUGAAAAACUGCAAGUAUUGGUCUUGCAUCAAACAAACGCGGGAGACUCCUGUUUAAAAAUCAUAGGAACAUGGUGUAAAAAUUUAAGGAUAUUGGACAUAAAUUUUUGUUCCAGAGUAACAGACACUGGCAUUGAAUUGUUAAUUUUCCAAUCAAAAUCAACUCAGCUAUGCAAGACUCUUCAAAAAUUGUUCAUUUCCUGUCGUGGCGUAACAAAAAAAGGGAUAAAAAUGGCUGUUAACCAUUUUUCAGCCUUGCAGGUCCUCGAAGAUCUAAAAAUCUUUGAUGUUUUAGUAGACGUUGUUCAGUCGUCGGCGAAAGUUCAGCGUCAACCGCAAUCUUUUAAUUUUUCUUUCACUCGUCUAGAGAUUCGUCCUGCUAGUUUAUAUAGAAGUGGUAAUCUUGGGUUAGUGCUGGGAUAUUGCCCUUUUGUUCGCGAAAUCACUAUUGUUGUAAAGCCGGGAUUAACAGACACUGAUCUGCUUUGCUUAACGAAUUUGAAGAACCUGCAAUUACUCUAUAUCAUGGGCCACUCCAAAUCAACUGGAGAUGAAAUUACCUUCCAUAUGGGCGUUGCUCCUGUGUUGAAGGUGAUCGGAAAUUCUUUACAAUUUCUCGAUCUUUCAUACUUUGCAUUCGUUGACAUUUGGACAAUCGUCAAAUUGUGUCCCCAUUUAAUCUCCCUGAUGUUCGAAAAGCAAUGUCAAAGUUUAAGUGUCUUGUCUGAAAACGAGAUAAUUCAAUUGCGUAACGAUAAAGGACGGAUUAUUUUUCAAGAACUAAAGGUUUUACAUUGCGGCUUCAACCUUUCCAAUGACAUUCUAUUUGAUUUAUUAUCUUGUCCUUUACUGGAGAGGGUUCAACUAUCAUUUUGUUACGAGCUCACUGACAAUUUUUUGCAAGAAGCUUUGGCAAAUGGAAUUUUUAAAAAUGUUAAGGUACUAAGUUUAGAUGCUUGUAAUGUUGUGACAAAACAAGGAUUAGAUGAGCUAGUGAUAAAUGACAAUUCUCUUGAAGAAAUAAGCUUCCAUUUUUGUAAAAAGGUAACCAAAAAACAUGUUUAUGAUUGGCACAAAAUCGCGCGUCGUAAAAAUUGGAAAUUACUUUUCGAGUUUGAAGAUUCUGAUACCAAACUUAUAACUUAUCGUUAACGUAAAAAUGUCGCGUUGUUAGCUUCUAUUUGACAACCUUUUUUAAUGUCUUUAUGUGAACACUGUCAAUUCUAUCUGUCAUUCUGUCAAACUAGUUCUGUCUCGGAGAAAUAAAUGUGACGUGAAAACGUUUUUGCUGU